AUGGCUUGUUGUCUAAGCGAAGAAGGAAAGGAGCAGAAAAGAAUAAAUCAAGAAAUAGAGAGACAACUUCGCAAGGACAAACGUGAUGCUAGAAGAGAACUUAAGUUACUGUUGCUAGGAACAGGAGAAUCUGGUAAGAGCACCUUCAUUAAACAGAUGCGGAUCAUUCAUGGUGCAGGUUAUUCAGAUGAUGAUAAGAAAGGUUUUAUCAAAUUGGUGUACCAGAAUAUAAUGAUGGCAAUGCAGAGUAUGAUCAAAGCCAUGGACUUAUUGAAGAUCUCCUACAAAGACCAGAAUAACAUUGAAAAUGCUGAAUUAAUUCGUUCUGUAGACUAUGAAACAGUAACAACAUUCGAUAGUCCUUAUGUAGAAGCAAUUAAAUCCUUAUGGGCAGAUCCUGGGAUUCAGGAAUGCUAUGAUAGACGAAGGGAGUACCAACUAACUGAUUCAGCAAAAUAUUAUCUCAGUGACAUAGACAGAAUAGCAACGUCAGAUUAUCUUCCUACCCAACAAGACAUUCUUAGGGUCCGAGUCCCUACAACAGGCAUUAUUGAAUAUCCUUUUGAUCUUGACUCCAUUAUCUUCAGAAUGGUUGAUGUUGGUGGUCAAAGAUCUGAAAGAAGAAAGUGGAUCCAUUGUUUUGAAAAUGUCACCUCUAUUAUCUUUCUUGUCGCCUUAAGUGAAUAUGAUCAGAUUCUUUUCGAGUCUGAUAACGAGAAUCGAAUGGAAGAAAGUAAAGCACUUUUCAAGACAAUUAUAACAUAUCCCUGGUUUCAAAAUUCAUCAGUCAUCCUCUUUCUAAACAAGAAGGAUUUGUUAGAGGAAAAAAUUAUGUACUCUCACGUUGUUGAUUAUUUUCCCGAAUUUGAUGGUCCUAAACAAGACCACAUUGCAGCCCGUGAGUUCAUUCUACAGAUGUAUCUGGAUCAAAGUCCAGACCCAGAUCACAUGGUAUACUCACAUUUCACUUGUGCCACAGAUACUGAAAACAUACGCUUUGUAUUUGCUGCAGUGAAGGAUACCAUCUUACAGCUAAACCUGAAAGAAUACAACCUCGUGUAGGUGAAAACACUACUUCACAAGAGGCUCAUCUCUAGAAACUUUUGUACUCCAUUUUCUGGCUUAUUUUUUAUCCAGAAAUAGGCCUUGAUUUCAUAAUGGAAUUCAAAUUUAUCUAUGUGUGUGUGUGUGUAUGUGUGUGUGUGUGUGUAUAAGUGCAAAUUCACAUCUAAUGACUUUGGUAUUCUGCACAUUUCUGUUCUUCUUGUCCUGUUGGACAUAGCACAACUGACUACAUCUUUAAACUAUAAGCUGGAUGUAUAAUGAUUUCUAGUUAAACUUACAGUGCAUGUGCUUCCUAACUGUAGCACCAUUUUUCUCUGCAUACUUACUUUUCUUACUGAUCUGAUUGCUCAGCUACAUUGAUGACUAUCUAUGGAGUUUGUUUUUUAUCUGAGAUUUUAAAGGAGACUCUUUGUAAAACUUUAAACUUCUUUCUGUGUCUGUUGUUUUUGUUUUUCUACAAAAGGAAAAGUAGUGAAACAACAUUACUGUUUCUUGCCAAAUAAGAAGACUAAAAAAGGCUGCUGUUUGUUUAUUAGUGUUCUCUGUGUUAAUUUUUUGCAUUGGAUCUUGAAACGAGAGAUGAAUCCGCCCAUUUGCAUCCGUAGUAAACGGAAGAUAUGGUAUUUGACUAUGGUGCUUGGAGGUCUGCAAAUAUAACUUUUCAAAUAUUAAUGAAUUGUAAAGGUUCACUUUUGACUUAAAAGUCUCUUUGAGGAAGGAAGAAUACAGUAAAGAUGAUGACUAUAACGUAUAUCAGAUUCUAGUCAUCUAUCUAUAUGUAUAUAUAUGUAUAUGUACUUCAACUUAUAAAUUUUGUUCAUUUUAACCUUCACAUGAGUAUUUACCCUUUGAAAAUGUCAUAUUUCUACCAUGGGAAAUAAUAAAUUUACAACUUCAUAUUUAUUCAUCACAUAAUUGCCUUUCAAACAAGGAACAGGCUGCAUAUGAAGAGUUAAUUUAUUUUUAUUCUUCACUUAUUAGUGAAUUAAGAUCACUUAAAUUUUACGUAGUUAUCUUUUUGACCACUAAUUUUUCUUUCAUUUGAUUUUUUUUUUCUCUGUAGUCACUAAGAUGAGGAUGGGGUCAUAAUUAAUUUUUCAGCUGAGAUGUUUAAAAACCUCAUCUUGAUUAAAGCCAAACUGUACAUUAUGUGAAAGCAUCUACUUUAUAUUCUGUAAUUCUACACUAGAUGUGCAUGUGUAAUUUUAGUUUAUUCUGUCUUUGGGCACUGGAGUUGGGAAGGAUUAUGUAGUUUGGUGCUGGAAACACUUUUGCAUAGGUUAUUCAAUUUUUUUCUUGUGUUAUCCAAAAAUGUAAGAAGGCUUAUUUGCUAGUUAUAAUAAGCUGAGAAGAUAAAGUGCCCAACUGAUUAGCAUAUGAAGAAUGCAGAAUAUAGAAAGAGAUUAUCAUUGUCACUUGCAUAAAAUUUGGUGUAAAUGUAGUAAAUUAGCAUAGGUCAUCCAUUGUAUUACUGUUUUAACUCGCCUAGAAAUCUGCUAAAAAUAUCAUGGUCUUCAACAUUUUUAAACUGUCUUUUUGCUUGUUUCUGUAAUUGUGUCCAAUUCUUGACCUAUUUUAUAAUAACUUAUUUUGAAUAUCCAUAAUAAAAAUUAUCAAAAAUGAUGUCAUAGCAGUUCUGGGUUUUCUAAAUUAAGAUGUACUUAAACUUUUUUUUAUAUAGAUAUUCAUUCUACAGUGCAAUGUGUUACAAGUUGUCAGUUUCCUUGGCUAUUCUUUCUUAAAGAAAUUUCUCUUGGUUGCUAUCAUUAGAUUUCUUGUGAUGAAUGUUUUUUUAGUUCAGCACUAAUUGAUGAUGUGAAUAUGGUAGUAAAGAUAAGAGCUGCAUGCUUCAUUUUGAACCAUCUGGUAAAUGUUUAGAAGCAACUAAUUUUUGGAACAAACACUGCAUCAGCCAGUAUUAGGUGAUUUAGGAAGGAACAUACUGAAAACUUAAUAUUUCUUGUUAAUGUGUUACAAUUUAUAACAUUUUGUAAAAUUAAAACUGAGGCACAUGAACAAAAAUGCAUCAACCUUUUAAACCUGAAAUCUUAAUGUGCUUCUGGGUUCUUUUUUAUAUUAAUUAGUUCUCUAAUUAUAAUAUUAAUAUUGUCACCUUGUAUUCCUCUCAUCAAUGUCAAGAGUGUGGAGAUAUAUUCCUUUUAUGUUUUUCUUGAAAAAUGUCCUUUUUGUUUUAUAAAUUUCACUAUUCAAGCAAAACAGGUUUGCGAUUAAAAAAAAUUCUGAUGGCAAAAAGACUUUCAUUUUACAUAAAAUAAUUCACUAGAGAUCAGAAUCUCUCUUUUGAAAUGAUUGAUCCAAGUUGUUUUUUAAAUAUUUGUAUAACUUUGGUUGUAUUUAACCUUAUUUUAUACUUAAGCAAGAAUAGUUGCAGGAUAUUGACAUUAAAAAUGUCAACCCAGCAUGCAGUCCACAGAUCUGAUAUUAUUAGAUUGUUCCAGAACUUUGAUUUUUCUUCCUCUAAAGCUGAUGUGUCAUGAAUGCUGAUGUUUAUAUUAAGUGUACUGAGUUACAGGUUUCAUUAUUACUGCCAUAUCUUAUAUUGCUCUAUCUAUCAUUUUGUAAGGUAAUGAAAAUUGCUGUUGGCAGCAAUUUGAUGAAAUGACUUCAUGUUAGUGGAAUUGUUUUUUAGUUAUGUAUUCUAAACUUAGUUAGAAUAAUUAUUUAUACUUAGAAUUGAUUUGCUUUUCUUGAACAUAAACAAAAAUAAUAAAGAAAUAAAAUGGGAGAAUCAUUGUUGUUAUUUGGCAGUCUGUAGUUUAAUAUGUGUUUUUGUAUGAUUUAACUUUCAUGCAACUUUGCUUUUGUUCCAGGACAAAAAAAAAAAAGAGUUCUGUUUUUACAUGUAUUUAGAGAGUAGAAAACAGUUUGUAUAAAGUACUGUGAUGAGAUGAUUGCUUUAUAUGGAGUUUAAACAAGUGAAUUGUAAGAGAUUAUGAUUUAUUGUUAUAAAAGUGUGAAACAUUUGAAAUAGGCACUUCUCUGUAGUUGUUCUCUGGUCAGAAUAACUUAGAAAAAUAUUAAAGCAUUUGACUGUUGAUGUGCGAGUUAAGAUUGCCAUAAUUUUCUUGCAAAGAUAUAAAUGUAGUAAGAAAAGUUUAAGGAUACUUGAAUUCUGCCAUCAGAUAGUGUAAUUCUGAUACAGAGUUUUGUGAAAUUCAAAUAAGGAAAUAAAGCUUUUAAGCUUCAGAAUUUCUGAAUACUUUAUGAUACAGGAUGAUGCUAAAAUCAUGCUCCACCAUGAUAUUUCUAGGUCCUACAUUACUAGGGUUUUACUAAGUAUGUUUGUGUUUUGGUAACUUGUUUUUAUAAUAAUUGAUUGCAAUCAUAUCAUUAACCUUGUAUUAAUGCUUGGAAGUGUUGAGUGGGGAUUCUCCUGAUCUUACAUCAUCACAGUAUUUGUCUUUGGUUAUAUUUGAUUUUCAACAGCUUGCCCAACUGUAUUACCAAUAACCUUGAGUCACAACCUGAGCACAGUAGUAAUAUUUUGCUAUGAUAUCAGUGGAACACAUUCCCAACAGAUUAGAAAAAUCAUGGUGGUGUACAACUUUUGGAUCACCCUUUAGUACAAGUAUCUAAUUAAAAUAAACUAGCAUAAAAAUAUUCACAAAGUUGUGGAUAGUGCAAAGUAUCAUAGAAAUAUCAUUCUGAGAAAUUUUAUACAGAUUGCUGAAAAAAACUAAAGUCCUUUAUAUCUUAGCCAAGUGUAGAUGUGGAGGGUAUGAAGGUUAUUCUUAUUAAGAAAAUAUAAAAUUUACAUGUUUGAAUGAAAAAUCAUAUACAGAAGGUUAAAAAUGAAAAGAGAGAGAGAGAAUGUUCAAACUGAAGAUAGUAUCUUCACCUGUUAUAAAAGAAAGAGGAAAUUAUCAUCCAAGGUUACCACAGAAAAAAAAUUUUUAAGUUGUUUUCAGUAUAUCAAAGUUGUCAGUAUUACAAUGGAUUUUUGGAAUUAUGUAUAUUAUUAUUUCAUUGCACUGUAACUCUUAAUUUACAAUCCAGCAGACAUUAAAAGUCAUUUCCUGCUCUGA